GGAGAGGCGAGGGACUUCCGGGCCGGCCCGGGGACGCGGGGUUCUGGCGUCCGCUCCGCGGUCCUCGGCAGAAAUACUGCCUCCUCGCGCCCCUGGGCCCAGGGAUGACGGGAGGGCUUGAGGGCCUGGCCGAGGCCGGGAGCGGGAGCGACGGGAGUCCAGGCCACGAGCUCGAGGUCAGGCUUUCAAGUCCCAUUUCUUGUGCUUUUCUUUUGAGGAAAGCGUUGAAAAGGAAAACAAUCGCAUUCCAGCGUUUCCUGUCCCUUGGGAACCGUGCGAGGAGCUUUGCCUUUUUCAUUUCCAUGCGGCCCUCCAGUCGCGCCGCACUUCAAGUGAGACCCUGAGCAAGUGGCCUGGGUCCCUGGGGCUAACGUCAGGAUCGCUGGGUGCAGCCUAGGCGGCCCUUUGCUCAGUAAUUUUAGUGGUCGUGAACGCCUCGCGACUCUCCAGCUUUGGGGCCAUGCACUUAGCUGCUAUAAAGGGUGAUAUUUAGUUUCACAAUGUUUGGGGACCUAUUUGAAGAGGAUUAUUCCAGUGUAUCAAAUAAUCAGUAUGGAAAAGGAAAAAAAUUAAAGGCCAAACCAUUGGAGCCACCUGCUCCUAGAGAAUUUACCAAUUUAAGCGGAAUCAGAAAUCAGGGUGGAACUUGUUACCUCAAUUCCCUUCUUCAGACUCUUCAUUUUACACCUGAAUUCAGAGAAGCUUUGUUUUCUCUUGGCCCAGAAGAGCUUGGCUCUUUAGAGGAAAAGGAUAAUCCUGAUGCAAAGGUUCGAAUCAUACCUUUACAGUUACAGCGGUUGUUUGCUCAGCUCCUGCUCUUAGACCAGGAAGCAGCCUCCACAGCAGACCUCACUAACAGCUUUGGGUGGACGAGCAAUGAGGAAAUGAGACAACAUGAUGUGCAGGAACUGAAUCGAAUUCUCUUUAGUGCUUUGGAAACUUCUUUAGUUGGGACCUCCGGCCAUGACCUCAUCAAUCGUCUAUAUCAUGGGACCAUUGUUAACCAGAUUGUUUGUAAAGAAUGUAAGAAUGUCAGUGAAAAGCAGGAAGACUUCUUAGAUCUAACAGUAGCGGUAAAAAAUGUAACAGGUCUGGAAGAUGCACUCUGGAACAUGUAUGUAGAAGAGGAGGUUUUUGACUGUGAAAACUUAUACCACUGUGGAACUUGUGACCGGCUGGUGAAAGCAGCAAAGUCGGCCAAAUUACGUAAGCUGCCUCCCUUUCUUACUGUUUCAUUAUUAAGAUUUAAUUUUGAUUUUGUGAAGUGUGAACGAUACAAGGAAACUAGCUGUUACACAUUCCCUCUUCGGAUCAAUCUCAAGCCUUUUUGUGAACAGAGUGAACUGGAUGACUUGGAAUACAUGUAUGACCUCUUCUCAGUUAUUAUACACAAAGGUGGUUGCUAUGGAGGGCACUAUCAUGUGUAUAUUAAAGAUGUCGAUCAUUUGGGAAACUGGCAAUUUCAGGAGGAAAAAAGUAAACCAGAUAUGAAUUUGAAAGAUCUUCAGAAUGAAGAAGAGAUUGAUGAUCCACUGAUGAUUCUAAAAGCAAUCUUAUCACAGGAGGAGAGUAAUCUGAUUCUUGUUGAUCUGCUGGGCCAGAAACUUUUGAAAAAGAUAGGAAUAUCUUGGAACAAGAAAUACAGAAAACAGUAUGGACCACUGCGAAAGUUCUUACAGCUUCAUUCUCAGAUCUUCCUACUAAGUUCAGAUGAAAGUACAGUUAGUCUAUUGAAGAACUCUUCUCUGCAGCCUGAGUCUGAUUUCGAAAGGAAGGAUCAACAAAUUUUCAAGACACUUACUUCAGAAUCCCCAGGAUUAAAUGAUAGGACCUCCUGUUCCCACUGGUUUGAUAUAAAUGAUUCCAAGGUCCAACCCAUUGAGGAAAAGGAUAUUGAACAGCAAUUUCAGGGCAAAGAGAGCGCCUAUAUGUUGUUUUACCGGAAAUCCCAGUUGCAGAGACCACCUGAAGCUCGAGCUAAUCCAAGAUACAAGGUUCCAUGUCAUUUACUGAAUGAAAUGGAUGCAGCUAACAUUGAACUGCAAACAAAAAGGGCAGAAUAUGAUUCUACAAACAAUAACUUUGAAUUGCAUCUCCACCUGGGCCCUCAUUAUCAUUUCUUCAAUGGGGCCCUGCACCCAGUAGUCUCUCAAACAGAAAGCGUGUGGGAUUUAACCUUUGAUAAAAGAAAAACUUUGGGAGAUCUUCGACAAUCAAUAUUCCAGCUGUUAGAAUUUUGGGAAGGAGACAUGGUCCUUAGUGUUGCAAAGUUUGUACCAGCAGGACUUCACGUCUAUCAGACACUUGAUGGAGAUGACCUGACACUGUGUGACCUUGAAAUUGCUGAUGAGGAAGACAUCUUUGUAUGGAAUGGAGAGGAGGUUGGUGGAAUCCAGAUUCCCACUGGUAGUGACUGUGAACCUCUGCUUUUAAAUGUUCUUCAUCUGGCAACAGGCAGUGAAGAGUGUCGGCAGUUGGUAGAAUCUCCACAGGUCUUCCCAGCUAAUGCAGAAGUGGGCACAGUAUUCACAGCCUUAGCAAUGCCAGGAGGUGUCAUCUUUACCAGCAGUACUGAGUCUGUAGGUGGGGAGAGCUGGACUGCCAUUCCCAAGGAGGACUUGAAGAAGACCUUCAGAGAACAAGGCCUCAGAAAUGGAAGCUCAAUUCUGAUUCAGGAUUCCAGUAAUGAUAAUAACAGUUUGUUGACCAAACAAGGGAAAUGGAUCACUAGUAUGAAUGAGGUCGACUGGGUCCAAGUUAAUAAUUUUUGUCAAUUGGAAUCUGAAGAGGAGAAAGUUAAAAUAUCAGCAACUGUUAACACAGUGGUGUUUGAUAUUCGAAUUAAAGCCAUAAAGGAAUUAAAAUUAAUGAAGGACCUAGCUGAGAACAGCUGUUUGAGACCUAUUGAUAGAAAUGGGAAGCUUCUUUGUCCAGUGCCAGACAGUUACACAUUGAAAGAAGCAGAAUUGAAGAUGGGGAGUUCACUGGGACUCUGUCCUGGAAAAGCACCAACUUCCUCUCAGCUGUUCCUGUUUUUCGCUAUGGGGAGUGAUAUCCAGCCCGGGUCUGAGAUGGAAAUCAUAGUAGAAGAAACGAUCUCUGUGAAAGAAUGUUUGAAGACAAUGCUGGAGAAAUUUGGCCUAUCAGGUGACACGUGGCACUUGAGAAAAAUGGAUUGGUGCUAUGAAGCUGGGGAGCCUUUGUGUGAAGAAGGUAAUAGAGGCAUAGGGUUCACAAACAAAAGUCCAGUGAUCUGUUUGUUCUGUGCAGAAGUCACAAGUAACGAAAAAUUUCCAUAUUCCCAGGAUGCAACAUUGAAAGAGCUUAUGAUAUGUUCUGGAGACACUCUGCUUUUAAUUGAAGGGAAACUUCUUCCUCCGGGUCUCCUGAAGGUGCCCAUCUGGUGGUACCAGCCUCCAGGGCCCAAGGGUCAGGGGAAGAGACAUCUGGACCAGAGGAACGAUACCCCUUCUCAAGGCGAGGUCUGGAGAGCUACUUCCACCCCAGGUGCUGCUGGCGAUGUGCAUGCAGAUGGUCCCCUCCGCUACCUGGGAGACGUCGAAAUCUCAGAAGAUGCCACCUUGGCGGAGCUGAAGGCUCAGGCUAUGACGUUGCCCUCCUUGUUGGAGUUUUUCAUCCGGUCCCCUGCCUUCCUCAGAGCCUGGACAGUGGACAGUAAACGCCUUGGGAGGCUUUUACGAAAAAACCAGCAGCAGCUCAGGGACUAUAAGUUGGGGAGGAGAACUGAGAUCUGCUUAGAGCCCCUUCAGAAAGAAGAACACUUAAGCCCUCAGGACAUGCUGCUGAGGACACAGAUGCGCCUCCCUGGCAAACGGGCAUAUGCCCUGCCCGUGGACAUGGUGUGGGACGCUGCCCGGGCCACUGCCAGCUCCCUGCGGCAACGAGUGGCUGACUUCUGUUCCCUUCCUGUAGAGAAGAUCGAAAUUGCCAAAUACUUUCCUGACAAGUUUGAGUGGCUUCCAGUGUCCAGCUGGAACCAGCAAAUUACCAAGAGGAAAAAGAAGAAAAAGCAAGAUAAUUUGCAGGGGGCACCUUAUUACUUGAAAGAUGGAGAUAUUAUUGGUAUUAAGGCUAAACGAUGUCUGAACACGUGGCUCCUUCCUUAUUUUAAAAUGCAGAAUCUCCUGGUGGAAGAUGACGGUGACUUCAGCACAGUCCGAGAUGACAUUGCGAGGGAGGACCCUGCUCUGGGGAAAAGGAAAAGCCAGGAAGCGCUUCGUGUGCAGAGCAGCAGCGUUCCCUCCGGGGCGGGCACACCUGGCCGGCCCCACAGACCAGAAGCUUCCCUAUCCAUCCACGUGGGGAGUUUCAGAUAGCGCCGGCACCACUGAUGUCCCUGUGGGCUCAGGGCCUGGCCAGGAGCGGCUCUGCCCCUGCCAACUUCGCUCUGUGGUUCCGUGAGAGCAGGCCUGUAGGCUGCUUCCACUUUAUUAGAGACGUUUGGUCUCAGGCCAGGCAAAUGCACUUUCUCACCGGCCUGCACAGCAUGGCCACCGAGGGACACAUCCGGGCCGUGUCUUACAGGUGCCAGACGCACUGGGCCCAACCACCAUGGUUACAAGAACAUUUCCUAGUUCUGCACUGACUGCAGGCACACAAGGUUGGCCAGUGAGGUGCACAGUCCACUCUUCCCUCCCCUGUUGGGACAGCGUAUUAUCUGCACUCAGAACUUCCGAGAGCUCAGCAUGCUGACGGGCUGGCCAGGCUGGAGCAGGACACGGGGAGUCUGUCUGUUCUGGUUCAAACCGUGUCAUCUGUGAUCAGAACGUUCCCGCUGUUGUGGCCACCCGAAGCCAGCGCACUGAGCUGAUGGUUCUGAGAAACCUCUUCUGGAACAAAGGAACGUGUACCAGCUUCUCGCCCUUCAGCAUGGCCAGCUGUGGAUUUAAAAGGUGUGACUGGCACUUACGACAAAUGCUGCAUCUGUGUUACGAACCGACUGACACUUAGGACACAGACUAUUCACUUUCUCAAACUCAGUCAAAAGUGGGAUUCCUGAAAA